AACACUAACCACUAUGAUUUUAUUAUAUAAAUUUGGUUUUUCACAACUUUAAUUGAGUGAUUUUUUCUUUUUAAUUUAAGAUUAUAUUGAGGCAGAGUGUUGGGCGGUUAAGAAGACUCAUGUGCGUCGUCUGCCUGCGGCGGAGAUGCGGAUGUUACGAUGGAUGUGUGGGAAGACAAGGUUAGAUAUGAUUUCGAACGAAGUUAUCCGACGUCAGGUAGGCAUGGCACCGGUGGAAGAUAAGUUGUGGGAAGCGAGGUUGAGAUGGUUUGGCCAUGUGAGACGGCGGGAUGCUGACGCCCCUGUAUGGAGAUGCGAGAGGAUUACGGUUAUCGGGGGAAGUAGGGGAAGGGGUAGACCUAGGAAGAAUUGGAAAGAGGUGGAGCCGGGGGUCUCUUGGAAACCGCCUCCCUACUUCCGAGUAGGGGCAAGGUGGAAACAGACCAAGAUGUACAGUGCCUCUGCUAGGCAAAAUGUACGCUACUUUAGGAAUCAACUUGACUCCUUGCAGUUCCGAAACGUUGUUUGGAAACCGUACGAUAUUGAUAAUUUUCCUGCUUAUUGUCGUCGUAGUCCUCAACUAUGGACUUUCCAAGGCUAUGUUAUUUAUCGUUCGAUGAUUGAUCCUGUCAUGCCUAUGCGAUUCACACGACAGUUUGGGAUGUUGCAAACCAUUCCUGAGCUUACCCAUCCGUAUACGGAGGCCUAUCAUAAAACCAAGGGAUGUAAAUCGACCCAUUCGGUACAAGCAUGUGUGGCGCAAUGGAGGGAUAAUCGCUUCGCCCUUACCGUUUUUCAUGAAAUGGAGCCCAUAGUAGGAGAGAAUCCAUUCCAAAUUACCGUGGAAUAUGCUCACUGGUUUGCAACGCACGGUCGGCGUAUUAUUGGAAACCCCUAUCAUCGACCUCUAGAGGGAUCUGAAAAUACUUCUGCCAAACUUGCAUUCUUGGUGAAUACAAUAAAGAAAGCGGAGCGUCGACUCGGUAAAGUUCCCGGAGCGGUUGCUGUAGAGGUUCGAGACAGCCUAAGGGGUGCUUUAGAAAACGUUGAACGCAAUGAAGAUGAGCUUGUUGAAGACGAUAGUUGGGAGAAUCCGUAUUCUCAACUUCCUAUUAUGUUGUACAAUUUACAAAAUUCUUAUCCAGGGCCUGUAGUCGAUGUUGUCUAUGCAUCCGAACCGCCAAACCUUAAUGCCAUGCCUGAAGAGACCCCGCGAUUUAACUUUAAAGUUCUACCUCCCAAACGGCCAACAAAUGAGAUUCCACGUUCAGGGAGACGUCAACGCAAUCGAUACCAGGGCGAGAUGGAUUUCAGGGCAAGGAGAUGAUUUUAGUUUAAUAUUUUUUUAGUUUGUAUCAUGGAAGGUAUUGUAAUUCUUGUUUACUUCAGAUGUUGAGAAUGUAAUUUUCUGUUGAUGUUUUAAUAUAUUUAUGUUUUCAAUAUUGCCUACUAUUCGUUUAAAAACAAGUUUCUGAAAAUUAUUUAGAUAAUUUGUUUAAAAUUUGAUUUGUCCAAUCCCUUUAUUUAAAUGAUUUAUUAAACUUUUUCUUGUUGA